AUGCUAGCCUCCAAACAUCUCCUAAGCUUGAGCGCAAUCUUCGCUAUUGCCGCUGAAGCCAAACAUGGCCAAGGCUUUCCGCCAAACAUUACGCUCUCGAACGAGACGGCGUCGAUGCACCAACUGAGCCAAGACAGCGAAUUCGCCUUUAUUCUCACCGAAUAUCUCUCCCUCUCAAACGAAGGAGGCGCUGCGACAUCUGAAAUUCUGCGAGCAGCGGCGAAGAUUGAACCCGGAAGUUUCGAGAGCUGGUAUGGAGAGUUUAACUUCCUUGCCGAUAAAAUCCAUGCAAUGGGCGAACAGGCCGAGAAAAGGAAUGCCUUAGUGUCUGCCAGAGAGGCUUAUUUCCGGUCGUCGGCGUAUUAUCGAGCAGCCGACUUCUUCCUCCAUGGUAACAUCACCGACCCUAGAAUCUACACUCUCUGGGAUCAGCAGCUUCAUGAUUUCGACAAGGCUGUCAAUCUGCUGCAUCGACCCCCUACAAAGAUCGAGCUAAAUGCCACUAGCUUCACGGUCCCCACCUACUUCUACCCAGCGGAUCCAACACUUCCUGGAAAGGAGCGUGUCCACGGUGAACGUCUGCCCACCGUUGUGGUUGGCACCGGUUACGAUGGCAGUCAACAAGCUCUAUACCACAGUUCCUGUCGCGGAAUAAUUGAACGUGGCUGGAAUUGCAUCACCUACGAAGGUCCUGGACAGCCGACCGUGCGUCGUAACCAGAAUAUUGGCUUCAUUCCAGAGUGGUGGGAGGCCGUCACUCCAAUCGUUGAUUACCUCCAUACCCGGGAGGAUGUCGAUGUUGACCGUGUCGCAUUGGUUGGAAUAUCUUACGGCGGACUGCUUGCCCCCUUGGCGGCUACACAUGAGCACCGGCUUGCCGCUGUACUCGCCAUUGAUGGACUGCUUGACAUACAAUCAGCAUUCAAGCAGAAAUUUCCGGCCCAGAUGAUUGAACUUUACAAUUCUGGAAAUGAGACUGGCUUCAAUCGGUAUGUUGAAGCCGUCCUUGCGAGGCCGGAUCUAUCCACACAGUUUCGCUGGGUUAUUAAUCAAGGCAUGUUUGCUUGGAACACGACAAACCCUUAUCAAUGGUUCGACCAGGCGGGAAAGAUCUUCCUCAACGCCGAGAAACUCGCCAAUAUUAAGAAACCGGUCUUCGUUGCAUCGGGAGAAGAUGACCAUAUGGCACCUGGACAGCCCGAGGACAUGGCGAGACUUUUGGGAGAGAAGGCGCACUACUUUUUGUUCAAGACGGACGUCGGUGCUGGAGAACACUGUGCCCUCGGUGCUGAGCAGCAACUUGCUAUGGAGACACUAGAUUGGCUUGCUGGAAUCUUCGACAAGGUUUAGAGCUCGUUGGCUGGAGUAGCGAGAGCAGAUGAUGAUAGAGAUGAUGAU